UGGGUAGUCUUAUUGUUUUCUCUUCACUUAACAGAUGCCUCGUUCGCGAUGGACACGAAGUGCGAAAUAAAAUCUUCCUGUUCCUUGUCAGGAUGUCAAACGCACACUGAUCCGAUGACGGUCGAUCCAGGCUCCAACAUUACUCUCAACUGCACGAUUAUCACAGGAGGACUGGCUCGAGACAUGACCUGGAACCAAACGUCGGAACGAGUUAAGAGUAGUACGGGGUUGUCGAAUCUGGUUUUAGAACAAUCAAAUUCAACGAAAAGUGAUGGAAAAUAUUCAUGUCGAUGCACCAUUAUAAAAUUCGCGAGCGCAUUGGAGAUUGUAAGCCCAUUUACAAAUUCACCAAAUGAUAUCAUCAAAGGAAAGAAAAAGGACUUAAAAUGCGUUUUCAGCGGUUGGCCCCUCCCUCAUACAGUUUACUGGCUCAAGAACGGCAAACUAAUAACCAACGGAACUGAAGGCAUUUAUCAUUUACUGCAGAGGAAGGGACACUUGCUGUAUAGCACACUUCAUCUUCCACCCGGACGUGAGGACCAGGAAGGUGACUAUGUGUGCAAUGCAACAAACGGUAUUCCUGGCUUGUCGAAGAACGCCUCUCGUCUGAUAGAAAUGUAUUUUGAGUGUCCAAUACCAGAAGGCCCGACCAUUUCUGAUACGGAGGUUUCAGUAAGGAUAUUUUCCAAUGUGAACCUGACGUGCUUGAUUGAUUGGAAUCCUGACAAUCCAUAUUGCCCAGAAUAUCAGCUAUGGUCAUUACCAAGAAAUGGCACAAAACAUAAUCAAUCUUUAGAAGACACUGGCAGCCAAUGCAAGAAAGAGCUCGUCCUUUCUAUUUUUAAUGUUACAGAAAAUGACGAGGGUACAUACAGAUGUGACUUCUUCUGCAAGGACAGAAACACCACUAAAGCUACCAUCGACUUGAAAGUAUUUGCUCAGCCAACUACAGAGUUUCAACCAUCAACUGAAUACAGGACCACCUCAAGUGAGUCGAACAAUUUCCUGGAUCAUUCAGAUUCAAAAUCCACAGAAUCCACAGAAAGCCACAGAAAGUGGUUCCAAGCAGUCCUCAUUUCAUCAGUGGGAAUUGUCAUCAUUUUGGCCUUGUUGUUUGUGUGGUUCGUUGCCAAGGAAAGGAGGACAUCGUCAUCCUCCAAAACAAAAUCAGAUUGCCCAGUGGAAAAAGAGUUCAUAAACCAACUCUUUAUCAGCCACAGUUCAAAGGACUUUGGUUGGGUCACUGAGAAUCUCAUCCCAAUUAUCGAGAAGCAUUCGAUUGCAUACAGCAUCCACAAUCGGGACUUCGAGCUUGGCAAGCCCAUCGUGGAAAACAUGGCAGAUAGUGUGUACGGCAGUCGUCAAGUGCUGAUUGUGUUGUCUGAGAAUUACCUCGCCAGCAACUUCUGUCGAGAGGAGCUGCACAUGGCCGUCCAAAGGGAGGCAGACGCCGACGAUUCGUCACUGCUUCUUGUGAUGGUCAACAAGUUGAAGAAAAAGAAAUUACCUGCCGCGUUGAGAAAGAAGCGUGUGCUGGAUUUUGACAAGCACAAGAAGAAACAAGAUUGGGAAGAGAAAAUGUUACGUGAGAUUUUAGAUGGCGAAUUAAUUAGUGGUGUUUAGAAGUUAGUUAACAACAAACAACCCGGAGACCAUGUGAAUUGGGCUAUGGUGCUUUUUGUCUCUUUAAGGAGUGUAAAUUGCCGCGUUUGGUAUCAUUUAAGGGUGUUCUCGGAACGUUUAUAUGCCCAACCAACAAAGCAUCUUUCAGGGUUGCAUUCAAACAGAUAAAAAACACCAUUACUGUGUUGGUGGUUUGGACUCAACGAGCGUGAAGUCGUUACAAUUUCUUCGUACAUGAAAGCUCUUUACUGCCAUUUAAGUCGCCAUUGCUUUUUUUUUUUAUUCUCUGUCUCUGAUUGGUGUAUUCGCGCACAAUUUAGUCUCCUUUAAGGCUUUAACCCCACCCCGGGAUACAAACAAAAGUAAAUUUCAGUUUCUUUUAUUGUAAUUGUUUUCAGAUAACUUAAAGACCGGCUCAUUCGUUACAUUUGUACUAUCAAAAGUUCAAGCUCAAUUCAGUUCAUAUCAAAACUGAUCUAAACAGCCAUUUUAAGUCAGGUCUACGAACGUCAUGUUAGCGAACCGAUUUUUCGCUGUCGCGUCACCGUGGCAAGUAAAGCGAGAGUUUUUUGUUUUUUUUUUCACCAAAAAAACGUUUUCUGAAUAUAACAAAAAAAGUUCUAAAUAUCUCGAAAACAAAUUAAGAGAUUUUGAAUCAUUCAGGCAAAAUUUUUCAAAAUUUUCUUGCAGGAGUAAAAGGAGUGGCUUUAUUACUUGUAGCGAUAUGAAAUUAUUGGAAUGCAGUUUUGAAGUGAGAAAUCCGGCCUCGCUGAACUGGUUUGUUUCUGGCAUACAACUGAGUAUUGUUUCAAGAAAAAUAGCGAGGAAAACACUGGGCUCAACUAAAAAAAAUGCUCUAAUCAUUUCUAAAUAUCCGUAAAUUUUCUAAAUUUCCUAAUAUUUUCUAAAUAUCUCGGAAAACUCUAAAUAUCCCAAAAAAUAUUCGGAUAUUUGUUGAAAGGUCUGGCGUGAAUCACACCCAGUUUGUUGAGAGAAAAUUCAACUCGCUGUCCGUUCGCAUUUUAGUGUAGGGUUAAUUCUUACUUCAUCUUCCAUUUUGCCAGGUUUAAAUUUGAACGUGAUUUCCACGUUAUAAUUAGCCGGUAGGAAUUUUUAGACUUUUACUAUGUCAAGUGCGAGAUCGACAGUUUUUAUUAUUGGCUUUUAUAUCAAUAGUUUCUAAGAUUUUUCUAAAAUAUUUGCUGUUGAGGUCGUGCAGGGACUGUAAUGUUGCAGGAUAUUUCAUGGCCAGAUCUGCUAUGUCUAAUUUAUAAUGACGCGCGUAUUGCGCAUUUUGCAUCAAUCUUUUUGCUCGAGUAGAACUUAGUUAUGAGUAGAAUUACAUUUAUAUGGCUCGCUGUAACUACAGAUUUAUAGCUGUCAGUGUUGACAAUGUACUGAUUUGCUACGUAUAAAUUUCUUAAUACUUAUAUUUAUAUAAAUAUUUAUCUAUUUAUAUUAGUAAAUUUAACUUAAGUAAGGAUAAAUUUUUAUAGUUUUCUGAUCACUUAAUGUUGUUGCGAUUUGGCUAUGCUAGUUUUCUAUGUAUUUUGCAUCUUAUCUCAAACAGUUUAUUUAAAAUAAGGAAUCUAGAAUCCUGUAUAAGCUGGCCUAAUUACUCAGAUAUCUCCUUUUUAGUAUAGGUUAUCAUACGGUUUCGAGUUCAAUUUGGAAUUAAUUUGCACGAGUGAGUUUUUGAAAAAGCUGAAAUUGCACA